AUGGUCAAGGUUCGGAGCUCUCGUCGUGUGACCGGGUUGAGGCCGAGCGACUACGACCACGAGAUUGGUCUGGUCAACCACGACGAGCCAGUGUCUCCCACGUCACCGACGGCACAGAGCUCGAGCGCGGGAACCCAGAACACCUCUCCCGAGUCUCAGUCGGCGUUGCUCGUCCACGAUGCGGGCCGGGAACGGCCCACUCCUAGGAUACAAGGCGAUCAGCCUCGUCCUGUCUCCGGGGGCCAGCACAAUCGUACCGGUUCCCCGGGACGAAUCGACGAGGAGGAUCGAGAAGCCGACAGCCUUUCCUGUGGAGGGGCGCCGCAUGAAGCCGCUCUGCCUCAGCCGGCCCUGCGGCCUUCCAUCGAGGUCCAAGCUCCCUCAGCCGAGCACCUCCGCAACCCGAGGGUACAGGUCGCGGGCAAGAAGGCCGAAAUCAAACGGGAGACGACGGUGGAUAUACUGUACGAAAAUGAAAGAGGCGGCUUCCUCUGCGGCAUCGCCCUCUUCUCCUCCAAGGCCCUUGGUGGACUUGACCCCCCCGCCUGGACCAACGCAUACCACAAGACUUCUCCGACCAACAUAUUCACCGCCCAAGUGCCCGAUCCGUCGUGGGAAUGGGUCUGGCCCGAGUGGCGGCUCUACCAUCAGGAGGGCGAGGACGAGGGCGGCUGGGAAUACUCGUUUGCCUUUUCCAGAACUUUCUCGUGGCACCGUGCGUCGUGGUGGAACUCGUUCGUCCGAAAACGCACCUGGAUUCGCAAGAGGGCGAAGAAGAAGGGGGCCGACGUCUCGUCGGAGCCGCAAAUGCUCAACGCCAACCACCCCGCCAAUCACUCGCCAUCCGACCGCAGUCCCCGGCUAAACGGGAGCAGCGCUGCCAGCAGUCGGGCACCCAGCAAGCCAGGCAUGUCCAAGGUGUCGCAUUCCGACAUCGGCGAGGACAGGAGAGACAUCGAAAGCAUCGAGGCGCUGAUGCAGACCCUACGGCAAGCGAGGAUAGAUCGCGAGAAGUUGGAGGCAGUCGACAACUACCUGGAGCACGCCAUGGACUUGUCGGCCCUGCAGGAUGAAAUGCAUGAAAUUAUGUCCUUCUUCGUAUUUCAGGCGUCACGAAGGCAGCUGCUGAGCCACAUGAUGAAGAAGCAUGACGGGACGAUACAGGAGCUGGAGAAGAUGGCCACCGAGCCCAGUACGAAGCUGUUGAGGCGAAGGGAGGCACUGGACGCCGCCAUCGUCCACGCCGACGAGGAAGUGAGGAGGCUGGCCUACUGGAGCGACAUCAAGCACAUGGCAGACAGUGGCGAGGUGGGCAGCUCGUCGGGUGCAAACCAGUGCUGGUUCGACACCGACGCGUAUCAAGGUCUGGAUCAUAACGGUCCUGCAUCACCAACCGGGUGCACUUUGCCGGGGAAGCAGCCUGGCCCGACCCCAGUUAUCCUUCAGUAA